AUUUUCUCAAUAAGAAGUGAAGGAGAAGAGAGGAUUGAAGUUUGUCAUGACGGACGAACAAAGGCCGGAUUCAACACGACACAACCGUAUGAGAGUUGAGGCAAUGGAAGAAGCCAAAGAAGCAAUCUCCGGAGAUAGAGCAGAGAAUCCUUCAAUGGACAAGCCCGGGAAGGAGAAGAGGAAGGAGAGGAAGAAGAUGAAGAGGAAGCAGCUCAGGAAGGAGGCGGCCGAGAGGGAGAGGGAAGCCGAGGAGGCCAGGUUUAACGACCCCAACGAGCUCAACAGGUUGGAGAGGGAGCAGGAGGAAGAGAGGGAGCGGAGAGAGAAGGCGUUGAAAGAGUUUGAGGAGAGAGAGCGAGCUUGGAUCGAGGCCAUGGAGACAAAAAGGCAGGAGCAGGAGGAGGAGAACACAAGGAAGGAUCUAGAAGAGAAGGCCAAGAGAGAAAAAGAGAAUUUUACAUGCUUUUUCCCUGAAUAUGUCAGAGAAUCAGCAAAUAACAAUAGCAACCACUUACUGUUUUAACCGUGCAAUGCCAUGUUUUGGGGGUAAAAGGUAGAAGGUAAACUAACAAGUGUAAACUCCAGCUGGAGUUGAACAUG